CGUUGGCAGUCAUCUAUCGUCUACUAGGUGAGCGCAGCGGGCGCAAAGUAUGCCGAGCCUGCGGCAAGCGCACCGGCCAGUUGCUCUUUCCGCUCCGUCGCAAGGAUCGCCAGAUUUGCUCAGGCAAACAGCAUCACUUUUCUUAGAUUCCCAUCAAAUCUCACCACAGCACACCCAAUGGCCUUGUUCAGGAGCUCGACCCUGCUGCCGCAGUGCACAUCAUGUGUACGGAGGUUUACGCGGCAGAAUCUGGAUGCCUGGGGCUCACAGCAGACACGCACCAUCUCGAAGAAAGCCAAGGAGGCAGAGCGCAACAUUGUCGUCAAGCUGCUGAAGGAUGUCCCGAGAUUUGGGCGCGCAGGCUCCUACGUCCCCCUGAAUCCAUCUCUCAUGCGCAAUCGAUGGUUCCCAGCUCGCGUCGCCGACUAUGUACCCGCAACCCAACUCAAGCAAAUGAAGGCACAGGAAGUCGACAUGGCGAGAGAUUUUAGCUAUGGAGUACGCCUGAAUCUGGAAGAGGCAGAGGAAGACGAGGAAGACCUCCUCCGACGGCCAAAGCACUACAUACGGCCGAUUGAGAUCGACCUGCUCAGCCCUGAGCGAUCCAUGGAGCUCCUGAACACCUUCGUCCCUCCCACAAUCGACUUCUACCGACAACGCAUCGAGCAAGACAAGGAGCCGAAAGAACGAUAUGGCGCGUCCGGUGCAGCAGAUAUAUUGACUGCAGCAGCCAUGGGAAGCAAAGCGAAAGCCCACACAGACGCCAUCUAUGGCUCAGUCUCGACAGCGGACCUUGUUGCGACCAUCAAGGGAGCACUGGCGCAUAACGACGAGGCGGCCCGUGUAAUGUUAAACGAAGCUGAUGUCAGGUUCGUAUCAGGCCAUGAAGAGGGAGAUGCGUCGCGUGUAAAGCAACUAGGCACAUUCAAGGUGGAGAUACGCUUACCUAGCGCCGAGGAGCCUAUCAUUAGGAACAUCCGGAUUAGAGCAAAGGAGUCGGAAGUGUAGAUGUACCACUUGGGCACGAGAUUAGCGAAGCAGUCACUAGUCACGCACCCCCAGGCCCAGAGCCUUUGAUAUUUCUCCGUUCGCUGUAAAGAUAUACCUGUAUAAACAUGUAAAGACGGUUAUAGCAUGGCCCUAGUCGCGGGGAAAUGGCAGAGGGAUCUCCAAGAGCCGCUGUCCGGAGCACGACAGCCACAAGUCUCGUACUCGUCCCGUCUGAAAUCCAACGUGAAUGGAACGUGAUUGGUGGGACUCUGACCGCCCAGCAGUGAAAUGUGAAGCAGCUCGGUAAAUGAAGGCGCAACAUGGCACGUUCUA